UUUCAUCCCUCUCUCUCUCUCUCUACGCUUUGAACUUUUCCACGGGAGACUUCUAUCCAUUGACUUGGAAGGACACUGUCCAGAAACGAGUACUCCUCCAUGGAUGAGAGAAUGACUCCCCAGAACGUCCGCGUCUUCUUCAGUUCCUCCUCUCUCGAUCCCUAAACCCCAACACACACACCUCUCUCUCUCUCUCUCUCUCUCGAACAUGGCAUCCGAUCACUCCCCUCGGCUCAAGGGCGUCGUCAUCAUCACCCUCCCCCCGCCGGACAACCCUUCGCUGGGCAAAACCAUCACCGCCUUCACCCUCUCCGACGACCCCCCUCCCUCGCCGGCCCAAGAACCCGAUCGCCCCCUGACCCGUCAACCAGAUCUCCCCGUUCGACUCCCCCCACGAAACCCCGAGCUUCGGUUCUCUCUCAGGAGCCUCUUGCUCGGCAGCCCGAGAGCGGUCUUGGGGUUCCUGGGUGUCUCCCUUUUCGCCUUCUUUCUCUUCGCUUCUCUGUACUCGAGGACCCUCCAGGAGCUGCGCGACUCCGACGAGGACAGAGAGAGGGAUACGUUUGUUUUCCCUCUGUUCCCUAAGUUUGGUGAGGGUGUUUUGUCGGGGGAUGACGUGCAGCUCAAGGUAGGGAGGUUCGUGGGUUUUGAUGAGGAGAGAUUCAUGGCGUCGAUCGAUGGUCGCGCGAAGAAAAACCAGAGGGGGCCUAAUUUCGUCGAUUCCGAGGAUGUAACUGAUUCAUCUGCUAUUUUGCCCGUCAGGGGCAAUGUGUAUCCAGAUGGGUUGUAUUUUACUUACAUCCUGGUUGGGACUCCUCCAAAACGGUAUUAUCUUGAUAUGGAUACUGGGAGUGAUUUAACGUGGAUCCAAUGUGAUGCUCCGUGUAGAAGCUGUGGCAAGGGUGCCAAUGCUCUCUACAACCCAAAGGGAGGCAAAAUAGUACUGCCAAAGGACUCGUUGUGCAAGGAAGUCCAAAGGAGUGAGGGGACUGAAUAUUGUGAGACAUGCCAACAGUGUGAUUAUGAGAUCGAAUAUGCAGAUCAUAGUUCCUCCAUGGGCGUUCUUGCAAGAGAUGAGCUCCAUCUAAGGACUAAAAAUGGGUCGUUGGCCAAAGUAAAUGUGGUUUUCGGGUGUGCAUAUGAUCAGCAAGGCCAACUGCUAAACACCCUGACAAAGACGGACGGAAUAUUUGGUUUGAGCAGAUCUAGAGUCAGCUUGCCUUCCCAGUUGGCAAGCCUUGGAGUGAUUAACAAUGUUGUAGGCCAUUGUCUCUCCUCAGAUGCCUCUGGAGGGGGUUAUAUGUUCUUGGGUGAUGGCUUUCUACCCAAUGGGGGUAUGUCAUGGAUCCCCAUGAUGAAAAGUCCUUCUACCAACUUAUAUCAGACGGAGAUUCUCAAACUGAGAUAUGGGAGCAGUUCACUCAAUUUUGGUGGUCAGAACAGUGGAUUAGGGCGAAUAGUUUUUGACAGUGGCAGUUCUUAUACAUACUUUUCCAAACAAGCGUACUCCAACUUGGUUGAUUCUCUUAAAAGUCUGGCUAGCAUGGGACUCAGCCAAGAUCAGUCUGAUGAUACACUGCCCAUAUGUUGGCGAGCUGAAUAUAUUAUCAGAUCGAUCGCUGAUGUGAAGCACAUCUUCAAAACUUUGACCCUUCAUUUUGGGAGCAAAUGGUGGAUACUAUCCACGAAAUUUCAUAUCCCUCCUGAAGGCUAUUUGAUCCUCAGCAAUAAAGGAAAUGUGUGCUUGGGCAUUCUUGAUGGAAGCAGGGUGCUUGAUGGAUCCACAAACAUACUCGGAGAUAUAUCGCUACGCGGCAAGCUGGUGGUAUUUGACAAUGGGAACCACAGAAUUGGGUGGACUCGAUCUGACUGUGUCAAACCGGAAAAGUAUCAGAGCCGCCCGUUUAUAUGAAAGAUCAAAUUCUCAUCGAGACUGUAUCCUCCUGUAUAUGAUGAUUUUGCGAGGCUCAUGUCCCUCCCCACAUGUGCGGCACGACUGGGUUAUUUAUUUGCGUAAUCCUAUAUUGAAAAGGUGAGUGAAGAUAAGAAAAACUAAUUAGCUUGUAAAUAUACAUUAAUGGUAUAAGUGGGAUCUCAAGCCUCUAUGUAUUUCUAUACAUAUAGAAUAUUACUAUCUCUUUAGCCGUCGAA